AUGGUCCUUACAGUGAUUUUAUUGCUAGUUUCAGGCUAUGUUACUCUGUGUUCUCCCACUCAUCGGGAGUUCUACCUGAUAAACGGGGCUAAAAUCUGGGCUGAUGCCCAGAGUUACUGCAGGAGCAAUUAUGCCGACCUCGCCACGAUUGGCAGCCAGGAUGACAUGCAGAGGCUGGUGAACAUGGUAUCAGCCAGUGGUGUGACAGCAGAGAUGUGGAUCGGUCUAACACAAACAGGCCCACCAGCCUGGCUGUGGUCUGUGGGAGAAACUCAGAUAGGUGAUGGAGUAGUUGAAUACACUAACUGGGGCAGUUUACCAAGUUCCACUGACAACUGUGGAGGGAUGAGGGAUGAUGGGAAAUGGUUCAGCACACCCUGUACAACAACGCUUCCUUAUGUAUGCCAAGGGACGAGCUGGCUAUAUGCCCAGCAGAACUGUCGCAUGAACAACAAAGACUUGGCCAGUGCGAGGAGCCAGGUGGAAAAUCUGGCAUUACAGCAAAUAAUCAAUAGCGCUGCGCUGUCCUCAGUCUGGAUCGGUUUGUUCAGAGAUGAUUGGAAAUGGUCCGACCAGAGCGACAGCUCCUUCAGACACUGGGCCAGUGGUCAACCAAAUUAUGAUGGACUCUGUACAUUGUACAAUCCAUCUCUCAAAGGAUUCAUGGACAGAGGCUGUACUUACUCUCUACCCUUCAUCUGCUAUGAGGAUCCAAUCAAAGUACCAGAAUGCCAAGGUUCGGUGGAGAGUCCAGCCUGA